AUGCCGGGGGGCCGGGAGAAGCCAGGGGGUCGCACGCUGCGGCUGCAGCCCGGGGACCGCAUCGAGGCCCUGUGCGUGCUGGGCUCCCGCAUCCACGCCGAUGUCCACGGAGCGGCCCCAGCCGGAGCGGUUUCCUUUGGGGUGAAGCACACGGAGGGGGUCAGUGUGGAUGUGGUGUCCCGGGGCCGCGACGAGGCCGAGCCGGUGCCCGGCAGUGGGACGCGGUGGCCACUGCAGGAGGGGACAGUCCUGAGGUUCAGCAUGAGCCAGCCCAGCACCGAGAUCAACGACAACAAGGUCACUGUCAGCUUUUAUGGAGAGGAAGGGAAGCCCAUCACCCAAGCCGGGGUCUUCCUCACUGGCAUCGGGAUCUCCCUGGACGUCGAUGCGGACCAGGACGGCGUGGUGGAGAGGAACAGCCCCAACAAGGCCAGCUGGAGCUGGGGUCCCGAGGGACACGGCGCCAUCCUGCUGGUCGGCUGUGACAAGGAGAUUCCCUCCGCUCCGGCGUCCGACUGCGACAACGAGCAGGUGUUCAACAAAGAAGAUUUGGAGGACAUGGCCCAGAUGGUGCUGAGGAUGGAGGGGCCCCAGCGCCUGCCCCGGGGGUACGAAAUCGUUCUCUCUGUUUCUGUCCGUGACGCCGACAGGGUUGGGGUGUUCCAUGUGCAGAAUCCCUUCUUUGGGCAGCGCUAUGUGCAGGUGCUGGGCUGCAGGAAGCUGUUCCACGCCGUGUCCUACCCUGGGGGGGCUGCCGAGCUCGACUUCUUCGUCCAGGGGCUCUGCUUUCCCAACGAUUCCUUCUCCGGGCUGGUCUCCAUCCAUGUCAGCCUCCUGGAGAUGCUGGCAGAGGGUAUCCCCCACACUCCAGCCUUCACGGACACAGUGGUGUUCCGGGUGGCCCCAUGGAUCAUGACCCCCAACACCUUGGUGCCGGUGAACGUCUUCCUCUGCAGCAUGAAGGACAACUACCUGUUCACCAAGGAGAUCCAGACCCUGGUGACCAAGGCCGGCUGCAAGCUGAAGGUUUGCUUCGGAUACACCAACCGUGGGGAUCGCUGGAUGCAGGUAGGGGGGCUCCAGAGGCAGGGAAAAGCUUUUCCUUCCUGUGCCCCAUGCGGGAUUUCCUCCCUUCUUCAGGAUGAGAUUGAGUUUGGCUACACCCACGCUCCCCAAAAGUGCUUCCCAGUGGUGCUGGAUUCCCCUCGGGAUAGAGGGAUGGAGCAACUCCCCGUCAAGGAGCUGCUGGGCUCCGAUUUCGGCUAUGUGCACAAGGAGCCCCUCUUUGAAGCCAUCACCAGCCUCGACUCCUUCGGCAACCUGGAGGUCAGUCCGCCCGUGUCCGUGGGGGGGAAGGAGUAUCCCCUGGGCAGGAUCCUCAUCGGCAGCAGCUUCCCCACAUCUGCAGGGAGGAGGAUGACCAGGAUGGUGAGGGACUUCCUCCAUGCUCAGCGAGUCCAGGCUCCUGUGGAGCUCUACUCUGACUGGUUGGCUGUGGGCAACGUCAAUGAGUUCCUCACGUUCGUGCCCACCUCGGACAAAAAGCGAUUCCGGAUGCUGAUGGCCAGUCCUGCCGCGUGCUACAAGCUUUUCCGGGAGAAGCAGAAGGAAGGCCAGGGAGAAGCCACCAUGUUCAAAGGGUACUCGGGGACAGACACAAAACGAGUCACCAUUAACAAGGUCCUUUCCAAUGACAUCCUGGCGCAGCAGAACCAGUAUGCCCAGCGCUGCAUCGACUGGAACAGGGAUAUCCUCAAGAGGGAGCUGGGAUUGACGGAGGAGGACAUCAUCGACCUGCCCGCCCUCUUCAAGCUCGACAAGCAGGGCAAAGCUGUGCCGUAUUUCCCCAACACGGUCACCAUGAUUGUCCUGGCCAAGGAGUUGGGCAUCCCCAAACCCUUCGGCCCCGUGACAGCAGGGGAAUGUUGCCUGGAGCAGCAGAUCCGCUCCCUCCUGGAGCCACUGGGUCUGAGCUGCCGCUUCCUCGAGGAGGUGGCCUCCUACCAUGGCAGCCUGGGUGAGGUCCGGUGUGGCACCAACGUCCAGCGACGGCCCUUCGCCUUCAAAUGGUGGCACUUCAUGCCAUAGCA